GUCGGGUAUUGCUGUGACGUUUGUAACUCGGGAUCAAAACAAGAGAAAAGAAAAAUUUUCUUCAAAAAUCUUUUUGUGAUAAAUAAAAGUUAUUUUUGCGUAUUUUAGCGUCUUGAAAGAGAACUAAAAUGUACGUGAAAGUGAUUCCCAUUGUUGUUGCAAUAGUUUUCUUCACGGGAACUCAGGCACAGUACGAGGACAAAAGAUGCAAAUGCAUCUGCCCUAGUGUCUCAUCUGUGCUCAAUAAUACAGAUGAGACAAAUAGGAUGCUGAUAAUUGACAAUGUGCCCCCAUCUAAAUGCAAUUGCGACGGUGUCAUCCUCCCACGUGUUGGGGAUAAGAUAAAGGGGAAGGAGCAGGAAUUUUGUCCACGAUGCGAAUGCAAAAAUGAAAUUCGCAACACAACAAUCAUUAAAGUUGUCGUGAUCAUUGUGAUCUGGAUUAUUUCUCUGCUUGCCUGCUACAUGGCCUUUCUCUCGUGCUUGGAUCCCCUUCUGAAUAAGCGUGUCAAGGCUAACUACCAGGAGCACACUAAUGAGGACGAAGAGACCAGUACGCCUUCCUCAUCAUCGCACCAGAUGGGAGUUCGAAGCACAAAUAUGCUAAACAGAGUGGGGCAUCAGCAGGACAAGUGGAAGCGCCAAGUGCGGGAGCAGAGGAGGAAUAUUUAUGAUCGUCACACAAUGCUCAAUUAGAGCUUAUCUUCCUCCUCUUCCAACAUUAUUCCUCCCCAGUUAGGGAGCUCCAAUGUACAGCUCAUUGGAAAAUUAUCAUUAUAUCCUCUCUCAAAAUGAAAUAACUUAAUUAAUUAAAUUGUAAAAAACUGAAUUAUUCGUGAUAAUUAAACAAAUUCCAAUAAAA